GCUGUGCGCCCCACCUCCUGCCCCAGUCCGCCCUAUCCCGCACGGUUGGGGGGCUGCCGCCACUGGAGGAGGCUCCCGGCUUCCUUCCUGCCGGCGCUAUCCUAUCGCGAUAUAUCGUGCUCCCGCGGCCCUUCCCGUGACCUUCCUGUGAGGCGGGCGCCUAGCCAAGGAUCUCCUUUAGCACCCGCUCCUGGAGGGUAGAUCUCAUGGGGUGGCUUAGAGACGUGGCAUGUAGGUUUUAAGGUUGAUCCUGCUGUAGGAUAAUGGCAGGAAAAGUAAAGUGGGUAACUGACAUAGAAAAAUCUGUAUUAAUAAACAACUUUGAAAAAAGAGGCUGGAUUCAGGUAGCAGAAAAUGAAGACUGGAAUUUUUAUUGGAUGAGCGUACAAACAAUCAGAAAUGUUUUCAGUGUGGAAACUGGUUACCGCCUUUCUGAUGACCAAAUUGUCAAUCAUUUCCCCAACCACUAUGAGCUGACCAGAAAGGAUUUGAUGGUAAAAAAUAUCAAGCGAUAUAGGAGAGAACUUGAGAAAGAAGGAAGUCCUCUUGCAGAAAAAGAUGAAAAUGGAAAAUAUAUUUAUUUGGAUUUUGUUCCUGUUACUUUUAUGCUUCCUGCCGAUUAUAAUCUCUUUGUUGAAGAAUUCAGAAAAAAUCCCUCCAGCACUUGGAUUAUGAAACCAUGUGGUAAAGCUCAAGGAAAAGGAAUAUUUCUAAUCAAUAAACUCUCUCAAAUUAAAAAAUGGUCUCGAGAUAGCAAAACAUCUUCGUUUGUAUCUCAGUCUUCCAAAGAAGCUUACGUGAUUUCUCUAUAUAUCAACAAUCCAUUACUAAUUGGAGGAAAGAAAUUUGACCUUCGUCUGUAUGUUUUAGUAUCUACAUAUCGCCCUCUGAGAUGUUACAUGUAUAAACUUGGAUUUUGCCGGUUUUGCACAGUAAAAUAUACACCAAGUACAAGUGAAUUGGAUAACAUGUUUGUGCAUCUUACAAAUGUUGCCAUUCAGAAACAUGGGGAUGAUUACAAUCAUAUCCAUGGAGGCAAGUGGACAGUGAGUAACUUACGCCUGUAUCUAGAAAGCACCCGUGGAAAGGAAGUGACGAACAAAUUAUUUGAUGAAAUUCACUGGAUAAUUGUGCAGUCCCUGAAAGCCGUUGCGCCUGUAAUGAAUAAUGAUAAACACUGCUUUGAAUGCUAUGGAUAUGACAUUAUCAUUGAUGACAAGCUUAAACCAUGGCUAAUUGAGGUUAAUGCUUCCCCUUCUCUUACUUCCAGUACUGCUAAUGAUCGCAUCUUGAAGUAUAAUCUUAUUAAUGACACACUUAACAUUGCUGUGCCAAAUGGGGAAAUUCCAGACUGUAAAUGGAAUAAAUCUCCACCAAAAGAGGUUCUUGGCAAUUAUGAAGUCUUAUAUGAUGAAGAGAUGGCGCAAAGUGAUGGUCCUGAUCGUGACUUGCGAAUUCGUUCUGGGCAAUCCACUGGAACAAAAGGAGGUCGUGCAAGAGAUUUGGGAAAGCCUGUAUUGACCACCUGGAAAUAAUUAUUAAAAAACCCAACCACACUGUUGGUAGGACAACAUCAUGAACAAAAAUGCAGUUCAUGAACCAAUUUCUUUAUUUUGCUAUGUUGUAUGUGGGAAGUAUUAAAGGAGGACAAUACAGCUUUUGAAAAAGAAAUGAAAUGUAUUCUAAAACCAGGAACUGUACUAUACAUGCACUGACUUGCCAAUUAUAAUAAUUGUGCACAUGCAUAUAUAUAUAUAAUGUAUGCAUAUAUAUAAAAAACUAAUUUCAUGUAAGGAUAUUUGUGCAUGUGCUUAUAUUAGUUCUCUGAAAGCAACAAAUUCUGAACUUUUAGAAGCAUAUAUAUUCAGACUGAAGAAAAUAAUACACUCUCAGCAAUGAUUACAAGGUGUCUUUAUAAAGAUGACAACUCAAAAUACGUGUUCUGAAAGAAGAUACUUGUUGCUCUGAAUAUAAUUUAUUUUCAAUAGUAGCCUAUCUCUAUAAUAAAUGAGAUAUGGAUUCUGUGAAAGGCUGGUAGUGGUGAGGAUAAGUAUUGCCAGAAUGAUGGUUGAUGGCUUCUUGCUAGUAAAGAAAAAAAAAAGUAAUGAGAGAAAAUAGUGGUGCAUGGAGUCAAUGAUUUAUAAACAGUCUUAAGAACUUGAAAAAGUCAGUCUUUAUAUGCUGAGGGUUUUUUGAUUUUUUUUUUUUGUUUUUCCUUAAAACAUUUUGAGCUGAUACCUCUUUAAAGGUAAAAGUUUCAUGUACAAAGGAAAUAUUUAAUAUGGUACAUCGAUGUAUUAUUUGACUAGCUGUUCACUUUUAUUGCACGAUAAUGUGUCUUUGGAAAAUCAGACAGAACAAUUACAUACUGUAAUAAAUCUCACUGCUUGAGACUGGCUAUACAUCUUUAUUUGCACCAGCGUCUCUUCAUGUAUUCAUGGACAUAAGUAGAAUAUCUGUAUAUUUUUUUAUAUUUUGUAUGCACUAUAACAAAAAUAUUGUUGAAUAUAAGCUAUUUCUAGUAGCUCUUGUAUCAAAAUUUGUGAUAAUUAGCUACCAAAAUGUAUAGACCAAAAGUUAAAAAUAGGUAUUUCAGCAUUCUAACAUUGUAGCUCAUAAAUAAACUAGUUGAGUUUGUCAGUGGCUCUUGCUUUCCACUUGCAUUUCCACCAGCUGUUUGGCUGUUAUUUAUACAUGUAUGGAUGUGCAGCUCGGAUCAUCUCCUCCCCCCUCCCACCCUCCUUUUUUUUUUUUUUUUUUAUAGUGGAGGAUUAUGGAGAGAAAGACAAAGGAGUCUUAAAGUUGAAAGUAUCCAUGCAACUAUAUUACAGUCUAAUGUGGAUACCGCUAGUGCAGUGAUACUCAAUUGGAGCAGGCUAAGUGCUUUUUGCCUUUCUGUGUGGCAGGCCAUUUAAGUACAUGCAAAUUCAACUUAACCUCUCCCGUAAGUGUAUUGUUAAUAACUUAUCCUGUGGACACAAGCAUGGAUUCAAUAAUGCAGUGCUCUUUAAAGAGCAAGAAAUCAGAGACUGCAGUUAGUUAUAGUGACUCUCUUUUCCUGAUCUCACUCCACUUUCUUUUUAAAAACAAUGGACUAGUGAUCAUAUAUAUCAGACUGCUUUCUCCUUGUUUGCUUUUCCAAUAAGCUUUUUGCAGAGGUUGAAGUUUGAAGGCUUAGCUAUGUUAUCUCUUGUAAUGCGUACCAAAAAUAGCUAUACAAAGAGUUUUAUGGAACGAAAGUGAAAUGAUAUGAAAUCCUAGGUGAUUCAGAUUGCCUUUCUCCUUAUCAGUAACAAGCAAAAAAUACCUGUAAGCAAGCAGGAAGUCUUCCUUUUCUAUAAAAAACUAGAGGCCUCAUAGAUAAGUGAAAUGUUCUUGUGAAAAUCAAAACUGGGAACCCCCGUUGAAAAAUACAAUGCUUCUUUGCCUGAAUUUAAGGGCAGUGGCCUGUGGUAGCUGAAAAAGUUUGCUUUUUGCAUGUAACGACUUGUCUGCAGGCUCUGAAACGGGGCGGGGCGCGCGAGAAGGAAACAAAAGCAGUCCUAGCUAAUAGUUCUGGGGGAGGAGGGCAGUACAUGAACAUCAUUCUGUGAGAUGUUUGUUUUUUCCUUUCAAGGCCAUGUACAGGUGAAAAGCUGGUGAGGAGGAAGAAAGACUGGAAAGGAAAACGUAUUGCAUGUCCAGGGAUAAAAUUUUAAACUUUUCACUCCAGUGUUCCUUAGCUAAAUCUGCUGUUGUAGUAGGACACAAAUAAUGGUACAAAGUGGUCUGUAAACUGAUAACAGCCUGGGGCAUGCUCCACUAUCAGUUGGAGCUGAGGUGAUUAGUGAGAUGUUUAAACCAUUCGGGGCAUGUGUUUAUACUGUAGGAGUUGAGGGUAAUUAAAGGUGUGAUGUUAACGUGUGUGACACAAUGUUCAACUUUGUGUGGAUGCUCUCAUUCAGAGGUAAGGUGGCUCUUUUUGCUGGAGCAUAAUUCUCCAAAAGAUUAAAGGCUGUUUUACCUCUGAUCGAGAGAGCUUAAAUGGGCUUAAAUCUGAGUGACUGCUAGUAGACAAGCUCAUGGAUCUGAGUAACUAGCCUUGGCCCUAGGCCAAUCUUCCUCUAAGUGCAUCUGACUGUAAGAGAAAGAAACUGUUUGGGACUUCAUGGGAGCAAAAUAAAUUAGAAAUAGAAGUCCUCAAAAAUUCUGACUUUGGCUAAUAUAAUAACUUGCCAGGAAGAGCUAAAAUAAAUGUGCUUCUCAGUCUUGCUCUUUAUAUGCUCAAGUGAUCGCUGGCAUAACAACAGUAUUAUACAAAGAAAUAGAUGAGCUCUAAACAGCUACGGGAAUUGUAAUGACAUCAGUGUAGAAGAAGCUUAUUGCUAGAGUUGAAUAAUGGGGCUUGCUUCCUGGGCACUAACCUUUCUCGCUAUUACUUUGACAUGAAAGGCAUUAAUAAGAUUCCCACAGAAUACCUUCUUUAUAUGGCUUUAGGAACUUAAUUAGAAUAGAAGAAACAGUAUUAUCCCUACAACUACUGUGUUACUGUUGGCUUUACAAUAGAACUUCUGCCUAAAACGUCCCCAUCCCCUGAUUCACUUCCUGCUCUAAACUUAGUAAAACAAUAGACGUUUCGCAGAAGAGAUAUACUGCUGCACUUCAGCAGGAGAACAUGUCAGGCAGAGCGCAUUUAUCUGUUGAAAAGGAAGGAGCUUUAUUCUGUUGUUAUAAACUGAGGCUGUUUCCAAAGUAGUUACUGUUCAGUUUACAUAUGUGGAACUAUAACCAGAAGGUAACUCACAUUUUGUGUCUGCUUUGUUAAAAUAACUCACUCAGUCCUUCAGUUCGGUAGAAAGAACUCCAUCGCAUCUGGUGUGUGUGUGUUGCAACAUAAUAUAACACCGCUGUCCUUAGCUAGCUCUUCUAACCUGAAGGGUUCCUUAACGACAAUAAACAAAAACCUUUAUUCCUGGAUUCUUUGCAGAAAAUAAAUGUGUAUAGCUAGGGAAAGCUGACUAGUCAUAAUUUUGCUAAAACAUUUGAUUAUUUAGAGGAAAUAGGAACAUAAAUUGUAUCUUGGAAAGACUAAUUGUUUUUAUGGAGGAGUAGGAAGUUGUUUUGCACCUACUUAAAAGCAUACCAUUCACAUCUGAGAUAGACAAUCGUUGUGUAAUAGAGAAGUAAUGGCACUACAAAACACCGAUUAGUAACAUUAAUUUGAAAAAUAAGGAGAUAAAGACUAUUUCAAAUGAAUGUGUAUUCUGGAAAAAAAAAUCUUUGAAAGCUGGCCAAUUAAAUAGUAAAAUCAACUGAUGUGAGAGGAAUUAAACGUUCUGAAUUUCCAUGUCAUUGAAUAGUAUAUGUAAUCACUAAUGGUAGUAAUCGAAAUAUUGUUCAGGGUUUACAACUAAAUAUGUAACACUUAGGAUUUUUUAUCUAGAGAUAAGUAUUUUGAAGAGAAUGAUAAAAUGUUACUGCAAGAGCCAAGAAAUAGCACCAAAUUUGCACUGAGUGAAGCCAAGAUAAAAUGUUGGUACUUAAAAGGACACAUGAAAUUUCUGAGGACAGCAAAGGAUACAAGAAGCAUGUUUAAAAAUAGAUUGUGUUAAAAAUAAAAAUAACUGUGGGAUAUUUGCC